AUGGCGAACCCCCGACAACGUCGCAAGGCCCGCUCGUCGAGCCACAAACCCGUCUCUCAUUCACGUCAUGCAAAGAGAAAUUUGAAGAAGACUCCUCCCAUCCGUGGUCCAAAGGUGCUGCAGGAUGCUUGGGAUAAGAAGAAGACCGUUCGGCAAAAUUACGCAAAACUUGGACUCUUGGUGUCAUCCGAUCCAGUAUCCUCCGGAGGUGUUGAGACACCGCUGGGGCUCAGGUCCCAAAAUAACUCUGGGCAGCAGCCUGCAGCGUCGACUUCCACGAAUUCUAGUCCUCCAAACACAAGCGUACCAAGCGGAUUUGGGAGGAUCGUACGUGAUGAGGCCGGCAAUGUGAUUGGUAUCGAAAUGAACGAGGAGGAAGAUCCACAAGAGGAGGCCAUGGAGACAGAUGACUUUGACUUGGACGGUGUCGAUUCGCAUAUUGAUGAAGAUGUGCGUCAACGGUGGGCCAAGGGUUUUCCUGGGAAUACGUCUAAGAAUGGCCAGGAAGGGAGCAUUGCAGAAGCCCUUGAAAGCAUUUCUGCAACACCUACUGGCUCUACAACACUCUCCCUUCCUUUGUCAGGGGUUGGCUCAAGACAUAUCUCUUCUGGCGAAGUGAAAUAUCUAGAACCGCUAGUGAAGAAACACGGCAGCAACGUUGAAGCAAUGGGGCGCGACGUGAAGCUGAACCCAGAACAAAGGACCGUUGGACAGUUGAGGAGAGGACUGAGAAAAGCUGGGCUUCCAACGCAACAAUGA